CUUUGUAUUGUGGAUGGUCUGAGGAGCGGCUUCCCUUCUCCUCGCCUCUGCCCCGCGGCCUCCCCCGCCUCCCACCGGCGUGACCACCUCCGUCUGCCUCCCACGGCUUCCUCCGCAAGCAGCAACGGGCGCAGCCCCAUCUCGGUCGCCUCUUCUUCCACCUCCCACGAGUAGCGACGCCUUGGGUGACGAUCUCCACCUCCCUCCGGAUCUACUCCUCUUCCAGCCAUCCCCGAGCAGAUCCGGCGCCUCUGCAGGGCCAGGGAGGGAGGGAGAGGGAGCCAGGGAGGGAGACCUCCUCGAAUCAGGACGAGUAGGAUUCAAACUUGUCAGCUCAUCACAGUCAUGGUUCUUGAUUCAUUAUCAUCUCCUCACAGGAGGUCGCAAAACACAUUCUUUCUGUCAUCUCCUAAGAAGCCUCAAUCAUCUCGCGAUGAGGGUAGUUGGUCUGCAUUGGUUGAGCGGCAUCGUUUUCUCUUGACAACACUAGUGGUGCUUGCCUUCCUGUGCACCAUAUAUCUGUAUUUUGCAGUAACCUUGGGGACACCAAAAGCUUGCUCAGGAUUGACGGGCGAUGAAAUGGCUUUAUGUCAGGAAAAAUCUGCCUUGCAACAUGGAAAGUUGAAGUAUCUAUAACAGAUGAUAUCAGUUGUUGAAGAUCAAAUCAUUGAUGCGUACAAUAUGCUUGUGGUCAACCAUAUCUUAUUCUUCAUACCUUGAAUCUGUAUGUUUUUGGUGGUGGAUACUGAAAGGGCUUUGUAUUGGUGCUGGUGUACAUUCUAACUGUUUAUGAUUCGAAAUGGUGCAACGGAGUAAGUAGGUCACCAUUUUAUUA